AUGCGGUAUCAGAACUGGGACGUCCUGCUGUUUCCUGGUGACUGCAGAACCCCUAUCCAGGAAUUCGACACAAAAUGUUUCGUGCUUGACCAGAAUGUGGGUAGCGUAGGAGAAGCCACGGCAGACAAGCACAGAAACCGCUUCGAAUCCAUGACACUAAUUCCCAUUCUGACCUCGUUCGUUGCGAGCCUUGAGCGUGGCGCGUCCUUCAGGAUUUCAAUCCACAGCUGGGAGAAGCCCAAGCCGUCUCAGCUUCUGCUCAGUUAUAAAACUCCAGACGAGUCCGCUCUAUUUGAAUCUCGUGUAUACCUGGACGGGGUGUUGGUGGCUCAGCGUACGUUCGACGACAACAUCUGGCCAGAAGUGAUCGGACCUGCUAAUGAAAUAGACCGGAACGGCCAAUAUCUUCGGUUUCCCAGAUUCCACCGAGAGAUCCUGCAACAGCCAGACUGGGAGCCAGGUGAGCUCAUUGGUCGGAUCAAGGUCGUGAUCGCAGAGGGAGUCUUGAGGGAAAAUACCCCCCCGGCACCCUCGACAGCCAGGUUUGACCGACUUCGCGAUGUCGUUGCCUUUUCCUUCCAGCAUGCCCCACAGGAUAUCCUCGAGUACUCGCAGAUCGCUUGGCCGAAUGCGAAGAUGUUCGCCGAUGUGCAGAAGAAAGCAUCGCGACUAGGACCAAUUGGAUCUCGCGUCUUCGGCAUUCCAGGCCAUGAAGCGCAUUCACAUUCACCGCAGCGUUUACCGCCUAUCGCCUCACGCAGCAAGCAGCUCUCUGCUAAUGACAAGCAUCAGAAGGUCCUAGAUCCUCAGAAUCGUCCGAGCUUUCAGCAUGGCCCAAGCAGCAAAGGCUUCGAUUUGGACGGACUGAAGAACGUAUCAACAGAACAACACCUUGUCGGCAGGGCCCUAUUGCAAGACGACGACCCGUUCGUCAGUUCACACCAGAGCCCAGCGGCGAUACAGCAGUGGCGAUCGAUGUUGAGAUCCACUAGUCACGAUGUUUCCAUGCCCGAUUAUACCUCCAACAAGAGUAUUUUCAAUACGGAGAUGUCUGGAGUCAGCGUCGAGCGAACCAGCUUCGAGCAGCAAGUGAAUGAAGCCAAUCCUGACGAGAUUGUGCAGGCGCUGAGUCCGGCUCGCCGAGAGCAACUGUUCAAAGCCCUCAGUGCCUCGAACAGCCCGGCGAGUGGCAUCGGCACUCGGCCUCCAACAAACACUCCUCAGCUGAGCGCUGACUUCCAGAACACCGAUAUUGCUAACCAAGCCGGAGCGAACGGCAGUACACUUGGUGGUGCCCACACGAAGCUUUGGCAAGAGCCACGGCAACGACCUCGGACCUGCUCGGAAAGCACUUCUGCCAGAAGCACUACGGAGCCGAGUAUCCAUCACAGCAGAGAGUACAUCAGCCCACGGAAACCACGAGAGAUGGGCGUUCCUGCUGAAGCAAGCCUCCUGCUGCCAGCUGCGCCGCGAUCGCAGUCGCUGAGAGUCAGUCGACAUAGAUCAGCCUCCAAUGGACCGAAGCGGAAGCGUCGAUCUGCUUCUCCGUCCGUCGACAAAGCAGGGCAAGAUACGAUAUUCGUCGUGGCCACCACCCCCGCCUCUUCCGCGUCAAAUGAAGAGCAAAUAGGGCCGAGACCACUGAAGCCAAUCGCGUCACUUGCGGGGCCUAUUUCUACAGGUAUAGACCGCAUCUGA